AUGUCCCCGCGCCACGGCGCCGCCCGCGUCCCGCCCCCGAGCCGGGACAGGGAGCACCACCCGUCCUUCUCCGCCGCGCUCCUCGACGCCAUCUACCACUCCCUCGACGACGACGCCGACGCCAACCUCCGCCGAGCCAACGUGUCCCCGGACGAGAGGCCGGCGCCGCCGCCUGCCUGCCGCCACCGUCGCUCCACCGCCUCGUCGCCUUCAUCCGCCCGGUCGUCGCCUCGGUCGCAGAAGCCGCCAAGGCCGUGCCGCGUGCGGCCCCACCCGCAGGCCCCGUCGCUCCUCCUGCCUCCGCCGCCGCAUAGGCUGCCUCCGGGGGACUGCGGUGACGGGACGAAGAGGACCAAGAAGAAGAAGCGGAGGAGGGCCAGGUCGGCGCCGUUUGCGUGCCUCCUCAACGCGCUGCUCUGCAACAGGAGGCCUCCGGCCAGCCCGUCACCGCGGGCCGACGCGGCGCCGGCGACGCGGUACCCUCUGCCGGCGAUCAAGGCGGAGCCGGCGUCCGCGAGGUCGAUCCUCUCCUCGCGCGCUUCCCACCGGGAGUCCGCGGCGUCUGCGCCCGGUGGGUUCCGGACGCCGGGGAGGCGGGCGGUGCGGUUCUCGCCGGCGGUGGAGGUCGUGGGGGACGAGGAGCACGAACGUGGACACAUGACGGCGAUCAGGAUGCGCGAGGUGAGCGGGAGCGGGACCGACGUGGCCGCGGCGCCGCGGCCGUCAGCGGCGGAGGCGGAGCGGCGGGUGGAGGAGCUGCUGCGCGCGCUCGGCGCGGCGGAGGACAGGGACAGGGCCAAGGAGAGCAGCGAGUCCAGCUCCGACCUGUUCGAGCUCGACAGCUUCCCGCCCGCGCUCGACGACGGCACCGCCGGGUUGCCACCGCGGACGAGGAGCGCCGGCUCCGCUGAGUUGGCGCCGCCGCGGCCGCGCGUUCUGGUAGACGAGAUGGUUGUAUAG